AUGAACCCUAAUCUUCCCCUUUGCAAAGAAUUCUUUGAAAAAAUAACCACAGAUUUGAAUCAUGAUGACUUUAGAUUGACCAUUACCGCAAAUCAGCCUUCAAUUUCUUCACAAUACUACGUAGAUAAAAACUCUCGUUUUAUAGAACUAAUCGUCUUCAAAACGACAUUUUUAUCUCUUUUUCAAGAAGCGCAUACCUAUUUCAAUAGAGUUCUUUCCAAUCAAAGCUACAGUUUUGAUGAAAACUUUUAUUAUAUGACCAUUGGACUUUUAUUUACAACACCUGAAAACAAAACAAUACACAACUUGCAUGAACAGUUAUUAAGGGGAUAUUUCCAAGACAGUAGUAUCUUAAACAUACCGCAUUUUCUCAUUAAGGAAGUAAGGCUAGUUCAACGGCUACUUUGUUCAUCAAGCAAUCGCAUCAAUAAGUCGUCAUCUCUUUGGAUAUUAUACCGAAAGUUAUAUAUUCUGUCCCUUCAAGCAAAGACACCAAUUUCUACAGAUUUUUGCUUUAUAUUCAACUCUUCUGGAUCUCAGCACUUUUCCAACUAUUACUGCUGGAACACUGCUAGAUGGUUCUAUGAUAAUUUGACGUUCGAUAAAAGGACGGAGCUCUUUUGUUUAACUCGAUUAUUUUGCUUUCAGCAUGUUAAAGACUGUUCAUCAUGGAGUACUUUAGCAUAUAUGAUAUGCCAGCAAAAACAGAAAAACCAGUACAAUAUUUGUGAUUUUCAAAGGCUAAGAAACUCCUUUGAUGUAUUUAGUACACCAAAUACAGAAGACCUAAAUUUUCAACUACCCGAUGCUGAUACUUUUAUCCAAGAAUUAGCGGAAUGGAUUGAGAAAACAUAUACCGCCGAUUGGCCCCCAUAUCUGUGUCUUUUGGAAAUUACCAAACUCAUUGGAAUUGACAUAAAUUCUAUGCUUUCAAUUUGGAAAAGUGAAGUUCGAAAUUUCGAGAAAAAACACGGUUCUAUCAAAUUGGAAAAUAAUAAUCCAGUUGUGCCUAAACAGUUUACAAAUGAUUUACUAAUUUCCAAGAAUUUUAUACACUUUGGUUACAAAAAACUUUUCCUAUACGUAGCUAUAGAAAAGGAACGCUCACGUAGUUAG